CCCAUCAGCUGUUUCUGAUUUUGUAAUUCUGCACGCCGCUUAUUUCGUGUUAUUCCUAGUAAAUUGCUUUAAAUCUACCAAAAACAAAGACUGAAAACAAGAUGUGGCCUAUUGUAAUGGCUCUCCUUAAGCGCAAUGCUGUGUUCGUCACAUUACCAAUUGCAGGCGUGGUUGGUUUCAUUGGUUAUAAUCUGGAGAGUUGGCUAUCCGAUAAAUACACCCCAUACAGUCCAUCCAUACAAGAGUUACGCGCCAAACGCUUGACCGAAGAAAGUUUGAACUCGAAUGCCGCCAAUGUGGAGAAAUUACGACUCAGUAGUCCUGUACUUGAACGCAAUCUUUCACCCUCGCUGCAGCCUAAGAACUAGUGGUAUUAGCAACCUUGAGUAGUUAUCUGUAUAGGAAAGUUAUCAAUAAAAAAAAAGAUACGCCAAAAAAAUUACAUGAA